CCGCUUAAAUAAAGGAGUUAUUAAAAAAGUUAUUUUACAACUCGCAUACGCGCCCGAUCUUUGAAUCGCAUCGAUACCCAAUAUACAACACGACUUGGAAGGUUCUGUUCGGGGCCGCUAGGGACGCGCAACAGUCGCUACCCAUGACUCAUGACGAAUAUGCUCACGGCCACGUGUUUGUGCUUCUCACCAUGCCCUCUGACCCCUCCCCUUCACCAGUACCAUUAGGGCUGCGUUCGGAAACGUCACCCGGGUAUACACGGAUUUACACGGGUAUACUCCCUUCUCCUUCUAAUUCGCUGAGAUAGAAAGAGAAGGAAGUAUACUCGUGUGCACUCGGGUGACGUUUUCGAACGCAGCCCAGCGUACAUACCACGCGAACCUCCCGCGGCUCCCGCUCAUGUUGUAAUCAUGCUCCCGCCAUGCGGACCAUGCAGUUAAAGCGGGGAGCACCCGGAGCACACACUUCUGCAUAACGCAUAAAACGUUCGUGUUCGUUGCAGAAACGUGAUAACGUUUAUUAACUGAAACGCAAAUGUGGUGCCUGUUCAGAGAAAUUAAACACCUCAACCUUGGAAUCUGAAAACGUCGGUAAAGCUGAUCCAAUCGUCGAAGAAAUUAUCCGAUCGACAUGGAAGCGGUCGAGGAGAGCGAGCCCAACGUUCUUCGCGAGAUCGCGAGUGAGGAGGAGCUGGCGCAAAUCCCGAGAGAAUCAACGAGGAAAAUCAAUGCGCAUUUUAAUGCAAAGUUCGAGGAGUUUAUAACCGCCAAGGCGGUUUUCGAGACCAGCCGAAAAUGUUUGGAGCAAAAUUUAGAGACGGCGCAGAAGGAACUUGCAGAGCUGCAGAAGUUGGAUCUUGACGAGCGUAGAGGGAAGUUGGAGCUAGCGGAAAAGAGCAAUACAGAAGUAUGUAGCAAUCUUGAGGAAGUGAAAAUUGAAGUGCACGGAUUACAGGAAUCUGUCAAACGGUUGGAGAAGGAAAAUUGUGAAUUACGUAGUCAGAGAGACACAGUUACGGAUGAGGCUAAUGCAUUACAACUGCAAGUUGAAAGGCGGGAUACCGAAAUUGAAAGAAUGCUUACCGAAUUGUCCUCUUUAAGCUCUCAGCUUCAAACUGCCAUUGCGACCAAGUGCCAAACUCUUGUACAGAAAUACUCGCCUCGUAAACUAUUAAAAAGUCAUUCCAAUUGUGUAAACAGUAUGGAACUCUCUUCGGAUGAAUCCAAGGAGCUAUCACGUUGCAGUUUAUCUGCGCUUCCUAAUGAAAUAUUACUAAAAAUACUUAAAUACUUAGAUUUGGAAACGUUAUGCCGCAUGAGUCAGGUAGAUAAACGCUUCAAAGAUCUAACACAGGACCCUGAACUCUAUACACAUUUGGACAUGACAAAUAAAUCUGAGAAAUAUAUGUGCCACGUAUUUUCUUAUUUUACACCUAGAUGUAAAUAUUUGCAACAAUUAGAUCUUACAGGAAGCAAGUUUGAUAUUGAUGAUUUUGUAAACUUUCUUAAUAAUUGCGGCAGUUGUGUAACGCAUUUAAGAUUAAGUAAAUGCAUAUUAAUUAAAUGCUACACGGAUUUUAAUCCUGCGCUAAAGGAAAUUGGAAAAACAUGCAAAAAUUUGAAAGAAUUGGAUCUAAGUGAUUGUCGGUGUGAUUGCUACAGAAAUUUUUCGUAUUUUGAGGAGCUAAAUAAUUUGGAAUCUAUAAAUUUUUGGGGUCUGCCAAAUUCCAUGGAACAUAUUUGUAAAGUACUGCAAAAUAAUCCGCGUAUUCGUGAGAUCAGAGCCCGGAUCUGGGACGAUAAAAUUCUGGUAGAGUUGGCAAAGUGUCGCGACUUGGAAGUAAUACAUACACUGUACAUCUCAUCAGAUGAAGAUGUUACAUCUCAGGGUAUUAAUGCUCUCGGUAACUGUAAGAAUUUACAAAAAGUGUCCCUUUAUAUAAAUUGUUCCCUAGCGGAUGACAGCUUAUUCAGAUUAUUUUCUUCCUAUCAAAACUUGCAAGAAAUUAAUUUGUACUUUUAUGUCCUCACUAAUCACCGGUUGGAAUUACUAGCGCAGUGCAAAAACCUAAAAAAUGUAUAUCUUGAACAUCUGAUACCUUGGAAUGAUCCAGAUGAUCCUGAUAAAUAUUCCAUUAUUUUGAAACAAUGUCCUAAAUUGCAGAAGUUUUCUCUCACAAGCUGUAAUGUAAGUGAUCAAUUACUUGAUCAAUGGGAGGAAAGAUAUCCACAUGUGUCUAUCUAUAAUACAGACGACUACGAUCAUCGAGAGUAUAUUCGCUGUGUGCGCUGGUAUACUAUGCGGAAAAGUAGGACUUAGAGCGCCCAUGGUGGCCGGAAUUUGCAUUAUUUGCUGGAGUUUUCUAAUACAUCGUAAUGGAAAAAUUGCGGAAAGGAAAUUUAAAUUGUUGCGUGAACACGUGUAAGAAUGUAUUUCACAAUACAAGUUCAGAAAUAAAAUUUUAUUUUUUUCCAAAAGCGAUUUAUAAAAUUGAGCAGCGAAAAAUGUGGAUACGUUGGGUACAAAAAAUAAAGUAAGUAUAUUCUUUGAGAUUAUAUGAUCAUAUUUUACCUCGUUUAAAAUAAUGGUAUUUAUUUAGAAUACGGGCCUCACCUCCAAUAUCAAUAAAAUUAUGCUUAAUCGACAUGUGACUACGGGGCAUGUACAUGUCGCUACAUUUCAUCGAUAUGACAGGUUUUCUAACUUAAAUAGUUGUCAACUUUAACGAUUAAUAUCUCGCUUCGCGAGGCAGACUGCCGCGUUUUUCUUCCAGAUUCUUUCGUUUCGUGUAAAAACGCGUCAAUAAUGUAUUUUGAAUAAAUAAUCAAAACAA